UCGCAAACUCACGCGUUACAUGUGGCGCUGGGCUCUCCCAAGUGGCGUUCUCAGCCGAAGAGCAAAAAGAACAAGCCAGAGCCGUUGAAAAGAUGGCAAGAGGAACAGAGAAAGAGAGAAGAGAAAGCGACAAAUAGAAUGAAAGAGACGAAGCGAAAAAGAUAGAAAAAGAGAGAUCGAGGGAAAGAGGGAGAACGGGGACACGUGGUAUUCAACAGCUGCCGUUGAACGUGUUCAGUGCCGCGGUUGAAGCAAGAAAGCGGUCGGUCGCAACGCUCGGCUCCUCGUAGAUUGCGGUGGGGAUGGAGGAGUGUGGGCCGGUCGGAACGGCUCGCUUCGUGUUCCUCAUGGACUUCAGUCUCUCUCUCUAUACGUACCGGGAGGUAUGCUGCCAUCGCCGGUUAAGCACGGUAAUACCAUACAGACUUACGUAUUCUGACCGUUUGAGAAGCAACGGCACCUGGACCGCCAAUGUGCGUCGGAGCAUUGAACGGAUGGAGCAAAGAGAGCGGGAUCUGCGCCGAUAAAGUUCAUCCGGUAGGUUCUUCAAUUGACAACAGAAUGGACAACGCGUGGACCGGAAUACACUCUCUUUAAACUGUCGAAUUGAACGAAUGGUUUGCCGCCUUUGCAAGUUUCCAUUCUUCCGCGAUAGUACAAACUUCAUUAACGAAACGAUGAGAGACUGUGACAUUAAAACGAUAUAUAUAUACAGUUGCAAAAGCCGAGUAUUUUGUAAAAAUAUAAUUAAGUUGCAGAAAAAAGAAACGUAUAAUCCAAGCAUAUCAAUUAUCGACACGGAUUAAUGAAAAGAUAGAAGUUUAUUAAAAAAUGAUUGUUCAAUCCAUAGCUCUUUUGGCGAUAUCAUAUACUAUUUCGAAGGAUGAGCAAAUUACGAGGAAAUUACGUGUGCGAAUGUAGUUGGAUACGAUCCUGAUGAUGUUGGUAAUGGAGAUCAUCCUGCAUCAAGAUCCAUCGAAAAACGCAGUGCGAAAGAAUAUAUAGCGAUACUACAUGUGUAGUUGACAGACGAUGAGUAAGAAGCGGUGAAGCAACUCUGUACUCGUUAACCGGUUUCCGCGAGUCGGCAUGCAGAGCGACACGUAGAGAAGGCUAUACGUGUAUCAAGUGGAACUCUCGAUCCUUCGUGCAUGUGCCACACGUAUACAACUCACGACAGAACUGGUCUCGAUUCAUGAAGUCGCCAUAAUUAUCUGCUAAUAAUACCCGCGUAUGUCGCAGCAGACUCGACUGCUGCGUAAAAUCCACGAGAGAAAUGAGAAUCCAGAUGACAAGAAAAUCUGAAAAACUUUUCCGAAUAUAUGUACCUUCGGUGAUGUCGUGUUUGCGUUACGAUACAUAUCAGCAUCUCCAAUCACAUUAUCUGUGCCAGGAGAUUUCUCUCUCCUUCUCUCUCGAAUGGUGCUCAUCUACACGCUGCUAUGAAAUGUAAACUGGAAUUGCGUUUGGAUUUCAAAAGGCGCUUGGUCUGCGAUAGGCGCCGAAACUUCAUCGUAGGAAUAUUUUCUCGGAGAAAGGCGUUGGAUACAGCAAAUACUUUAACGUGCCGACAUACAUGCCGGCACGUCGGUGCAUGCGCUUUAGUGCAUUAGAAAGUGCACUGCACAGUGAAGGUGUGAUUAGAAAUGUGAUUAGAAAUAUUAAUAUAUCAAUGUUACGAGUGCGAACAACCGAAUGUGAAUCGAUGUGUCUUUUUGGAUGACGUGACGAUAAUGCCAAAUUAUUGCUUUAUUAUUAAAUUUGGAUAAAGGCCCAUAUUCGUUGUUUAAAUAUUGUUCGUCAGAGAGGAAGUAUAUCCUUAUCAGGAAUUAAGUAUAACAAUAUACGCGCGCGAAGACGCCCGAUACAUAUAUUCUCACAGAAGGACGAGCAAGUACAACGGUCGCUGUGGCAUGAGGAGGUUUGCACGCAGGCGCAAUAUCCUGGCCGCAUUCUCUGCGAUUAUGGGACGCCUUGGUAAAGGCUCGCAGAGCUCAACGAGACCCAUUUUCAGGGUGCAUUAUCGCAAACUCGUGGACGAAUACUCGCAGGAACAGUUAAGGUUUAUGCCCGCGCUACCUGACUACAUGUCGUAUUGCUGUUGUCGAUGUGGUCACACACAAAAGCUCAAAGCGGAGGAGUUAAACACCAUCGUUGGCAAUGCUUUCCGCAUGGCGUACGUGGCGCAGCUUCAGCGCCAACCGAUCCUCCAGGAUGUAAUCUCACCGCGAUCGACGCCGUCUUACCGCAAAGACAAACAGGAGCAUCGAACGUCGUGGAACAAAUCAUUAUCCGAAGACGAUACGACCGCGGGCGCUUGCAGAAGUCCGUCGUCGAACUCGUGGUUGAAAAGUCGGACGUCGCCCAUCUCCAGGAUUGGAAGGGGUUCAUCUGCAACGGAUAUGAACGUGCAGCUCGGCAGCGCCGGCUCGCCCACGCUGCGACUUGCUGGCGUAAAGGCGCCGAACACGAUCCCCGGUCUGCGGCCGUCGUUCACGAACGUUCUCGGGCCUAUAACAAACGAGGACGAGCCGAAGAGCAUAUCCCAGCAGAGCACGCCGAGCAGCGAUGAGAGCAACUCACCAACCGAGUUAAACUCGUACAAGAGGCUAACGGACAAGCCGCCGCUGAUAAAGCGGCUGGCGAUGGGUUUGACAGGUGGACGCGACGUUCUUGGGCUGAACGGUGAGGAUGACAGCUGCCCGCUCGUCAGCGGUAGCAGUACACCGACCAGUCCAUCGAACAGGCCCCAUUCCGGAGGCUACAUAAACGAGGCGAUCAUUGACUCGGAGGGUACAAGGCCGUCCUACAACAAGAUCCCGCCAUCCGAAAGCCUCGACAACACCAUCAACGCGUCCAUCACCGCGAAGAACUUCAACAUUGAGAACAACAGGAUAGGACACAAUUGCCUGGAUUCGGGUACGGAGGCGGAAUUCAAGUCAAAAAGAAGAUCGCAAAUUAGCACGUCGAGUAGCUCGGUACCCGCUGACGGAAGCACUCAUGGCUCCACGCCAACCCCGCCGCCUUUACCCGAGAGAACAGACAGCCUGAAUAAUCGAAAUGAGGAGGCUGAGCUACGCAAGGCGCCUUGGUUUCAAGCUGGAAUACCCAGAGAGAUAACGCUGGAGGUAUUGAGCCAAGAACCGGAAGGGGCGUUCAUGGUGCGAGAGAGUACCAGUAAGCCCGGAUGUUACGCCCUUUCCCUCCGUGUACCCCGUGAAUUUCAACCGAGCGGAAUAGCCCAUUAUCUCAUAAUGCGUACAAACAAAGGAUACAAAAUUAAAGGCUUCACAAAGGAAUUUACGACGUUGACCGCGCUAAUCACUCACCAUUCGGUCAUGCCAGAAUUAUUACCAUGCCCGUUAUCGCUAAGCCGAUAUAAUCCGAGCUUCGUCAAGACUGAUUCCAGCAAGGAUUUCGCGGACAUCGAUUCAGACCCCGAUUACAACACUCUGGCGGAUUUUCGCAAAAUGAUGGCUGAUCUAAAUGUCUAGAAGCUUCGAAAUUUGGAAUAUUCGUGCUUCUUUUUUUUUUAUAUAAACGUUGCAUCAUCGAUUAACAUAAAGAUUGAUUGAAAGGAACGUGAGGCACUAUUUGAUACAUUUGUAUCUGGAUUAACUUUGUGCUAUUGAAUAUAAAGAACCAAUGUCCUAUUUCCGAUUGUCGCGAAGAGAUCUUGUCCGGAAUAAUCGAUAUUGGCACAUGACACAAAGUAUGUAUUUAGACGACGCUUAAUUAUCGAAUCUAUGUUCCAAAAAGACUCGCACAACCACCAGUGAUACAUACUUGUAAGUCAUUAAUAGGUCAUUGAUAAGAAAUACGUAGCGUAGAAAUAAUUUAAUAACUGCUAGUAUUGUGGAUGCGUGCGACCAAUGGAAUAGUAAUGUCGAACAAUUUUUUAUAUAGUGGAGCACGCUUAGCGUGAGAUAUUAGUUUUAAAUUUGUUAUAGCAAGUGAAGCGAAACAAUUGUCGUUAUCGAAAAAAAGCUUCAAUUGGAGAUAAAUUAUUUUCACGAAACAGAGUAUCUAUUUAUAUUCAAACAUUCAUAUUAAGAAUUAUUAUUUUUUCGCAAGUUUUUCUAUGUUUGACUGAGUUUCAAAGGGAAUUGAGUUUUGUCAUCGUUUGGAGUCCUGAUAGUUGAAACGAUGCUAAAUGAUCGAUUAUGAUAUAUUAUUAUAAUAAAAUACAUAAUUAUUGAGUAAUUGAUAAAAUAAAUAAUAGCAUCAAUAGAUUACGCUGAAGAAAAUAAUUUCAAGUUUUAAAAAAGUUAAACAAACAUUACAUCAAAAUAUCAUAUUGAAAAAAGAUUGUGUUAAAAAUAUAAGGAUUAAAUGGAGAAACAGCUAUAUAUGGAAAUGGUAUUUUCCAAAACAAAAAUCAAUAAUUCACAGAAUAUAAUAUUCACAACAUAUAAUAUUCAAAUAUUUUGUCACCCUUCUCACAAUUGUGAAAAACUUUGCGAUAUCUAAGAGUGUCUAAUAACUUUUAUUCGAUUGAAGUGAUUAUUUACU